CCGGUUUUGGCCAGCUCAGGGCUUUGCAAGCCCAGUGGGUCUGUCUGUCCGUGGGACUCUCUUAGAGAACUUCAAACUUCUUCAGUCACUGCCUGAGAUCUAAACAUGUGUGCACAGGGGUUCCUCAAGUUGGUGCUGCUGCUGGCUGCUUCACUUCUAAUUCUGCUGCCUGCCAUUCCUCAAACUUUCUCACUCUCCCUGCGGAGUGGCUCCCGCAGCGCCGCCUCAUGUAGACUGUCCCGUGCUGAGUCGGAACGCAGGUGUCGUGUCCCAGAGGGAAAGUUGUGCAGCGGCAGAGGCCAAUGUGACUGCGGUGUCUGCAUCUGCCAAGUGACUGAGCCGGGCAAAUACUACGGUCCACUGUGUGAGUGCCACGAGUGGGUGUGUGAGACUUAUGAUGGUGAGACUUGUGCAGGCCAUGGAAAGUGUGACUGUGGGAAAUGCAAAUGUGAUGAAGGCUGGUAUGGUGACUCUUGUCAGUACCCAACUACUUGCAACCUUACACGGAAGAAGAGCAAUGAAAUGUGUAAGAAUUCUCAAGAUAUUAUCUGUUCUAAUGCAGGCGUAUGCCAAUGUGGUAGAUGCAAGUGUGAGAAUUCGGAAGGGAAUGGACUCAUCUAUGGUAAAUUCUGUGAGUGUGAUGACCGAGAAUGCAUAGAUGAUGAAACAGGAGAGAUCUGUACAGGCCAUGGAAAGUGUUACUGUGGAAACUGUUACUGUGAGGCUGGUUGGCAUGGAGAUAAAUGUGAAUUCCAGUGUGACAUCACCCCAUGGGAGAUCAAGAAAAGAUGCACAUCUCCAGAUGGCAAAAUCUGCAGCAACAGAGGCACGUGUAUAUGUGGUGAAUGCACAUGCCAUGAUGUGGACCCAACUGGUGACUGGGGAGAUAUUCAUGGAGAUACCUGUGAGUGUGAUGAAAGAAAUUGCAAGGCAGUGUAUGACAGAUAUUCUGAUGACUUCUGUUCAGGUCAUGGACAGUGUAAUUGUGGAAGAUGUGAUUGUAAAAAAGGAUGGACUGGAAAGAAGUGUGAACAUCCACGUUCUUGUCCAUUGUCAGCUGAGGACAGCUCUAAGAAAUGCCAAGGAAGCUCUAAUUUACCUUGCUCUGGAAGAGGGAAAUGUGAAUGUGGCCAGUGCACUUGUUUCCCUCCAGGAGAUAACAGAGUUCAUGGUAAAACCUGCGAAUGUGAUGAUCGACAGUGUGAAGAUAUGGAUGGCAAUGUCUGUGGGGGCCACGGCCUCUGUUCUUGUGGGCGAUGCGUCUGCGAGGACGGAUGGUUUGGACAGUUGUGUCAACAUCCAAGAAAGUGCAACAUGACAGAAGAUGAGAGCAAAAGCUUUUGUGACUCAGCCAAUGGCGUAUUGUGCUCCGGAAAAGGUUCCUGUCACUGUGGAAAGUGCAUCUGUUCCCCCCAGGACUGGUACAUUUCAGGGGAAUUUUGUGAAUGUGAUGACAGAGACUGCGACAAACAUGAUGGUCUCAUUUGCACAGGCAAUGGUGUAUGUAGCUGUGGAAACUGUGAAUGCUGGGAAGGAUGGAAUGGGAAUGCUUGUGAAAUCUGGCUUGGGACAGAAUACCCUUAAUCAUAACAUGGAGCAUCCAGGACUGAGGGGUUUGGUUUGGUUUUUUAGGCUGCUAGAACAAUUAAAUGCAAGGCAAACCACAUAGAAUAACCACCAGAAAUAUUCAAAUAGACCAAUGUAAGUUUCUGUAUUUCAUAACAACCAAUUGCAGGUCUACUCCUGCUCCUGUUGAAUUCAUUUGCAACACUCACAUUGACUUCAGUGGGACUGGGAUUGGCUUUAAAAGUCUUAAGGUUGAAUUCCUGGCUUCACUGAAGUGACACAAGAAAGCUUUAUUGCAUAGUUUAGCUUGUUGUCAAAUCUCGACACCAUUACAUAAUGAAAUGGUGUUCAUAUAAAAGACUAGAGCUGGAUGGAUAUUUGUCAAAAAAUUUAUCUGAUGCCAUUUCUGGUGUCUGUCAAAUAUAUUAUUAUUUGGCUGUGUUUUUCCCUUCCAAUUCUGAUUGUGUUCCAGCUCCAAUAACAAGAGAAGCUGUAAAUUAAUUAUUUUAUUUUUUGUCAGAGAUCUUCAGUUGUAUAACUGAGAUCCAAAUACCUAAACAACCCCAGAGAGUAGGUCAAUGAUCCAAAUUAUAAAACCAGACCCCACUGCUAGAACAGAGAAAUUAAAAAAAAUCUUGAUUUCUGUGGUUACAAUAUCAUUAAGCUGGUUAUCUAGUCUUCAUACUACACUCUCAAAUACAUAACCUGUAGGGUGAGAAUUUUUUUUAAAAAUCCAGUUAAAUGAGUUGCUAUAUUUAAUACAUAUCUUAUAACUUGUAUGUACUUUUAUCAUAGUGUUAUGUAUGUACACUUACCUAGUCAUCUUAAAAAGAAAAGCACAUGAAAAUGUAUUAGAUAACUUUUAGGAUACCAAUUCCGUAUGCUAUUAGGACUCACUGUUUUGGAAGAGAUUACACUAUCACACACGAUAUUCAUUGAAUCUUACUACUUUUAUAGAAGGUGGGAGUCUGACCAUCAGCUGAAUUAGGUACACUGUAUAGCACACUGCUGUCAAUGAAAGAUGUUCAGAUGAUGGAAACAAAAUAAUUUAAUUGCAGAUUUCAAACAGUAAAUACAAACAGUGCAGUGGUAUGAACAAAAUUUUUAUUUCUUAUCAAUGGUGAAAUGCUGCUCAGUGUGAAAUUCACAUUGAAUUAUGAAAAAUGCACAACUAUAUUGGGACUUCCCUAAGUUAUUUACAUUUGAAUCUUUUCCCCCCAACUUGUAGGUUUGGCAGCCCUUUAAUUCUUCAGAGCAAAAAAAUAUGUACAUUUUCUUUUCAAAAGUGAUUACAUAUUGUGAAAUUUGAUUAAAAUCACAAAAAAUAUCAAAUUUUGAUAUUGUUACGUUGUGAUUUAGGUGUCAAGUUUCAGGCUUUUAGUUUGAUACAAGACUAAGAAAUAAGGAACCUGUGUAUUAAUUGAAAAAAGGUAUUUCCAUUAUUACACUAGAAAUUUGUUUUCUUAUAGAAAGGACAUUGAUUAUUUAAGUUGGAAAAUACAACAGUAAAGAACAUGUAACAGUUAUAGUGUGAAAACUUUAAGUGCGCUUAUUGAAAGGUUUUGAACAAUCAUUUCCCCCCCCCAUUUAGCUUGCUUUUACCGCAUUUUCUUUAAAUGUGUAGCUUUAAACAUAAAUAUAUAGCUUUUCAAAGCCCAUGUUCUCAGGGAGACAUAAUCCAGUCACCUCUAAAUGUCUGUGUAUAACUUAUUAAUGGGAGUUCUGCACAUUCACAGAGACAACUAUACCCAAAAGCUGCUACUGCCUCUCUUUAGAUAACCAAAAUAUCAGGCAGAGUUCUAAAAUGUAUUGAUGCAGCAUAAACAAACUUUGAAGUAAAACAAGUUUUGAAAUCACAUCUUCUAUUUUAUGGUUGUAACCGUUAAAAUUGUACAGAGAUUAGGUAUUUCAAUGUGUCAUUUUAACAUUUGCCAACGCUAGUCUUUGACUGGUGAACACAAGCUUGUUGGUUUUAUUUAUAUAUAAAUUAACACAGACCUGAAGUCUCUUAUAGUAAUAAAUGUCUUACAGGUGUGGGUACUUCUGAGUCAAUGAAAGAAAAAAGGAAAUCAAGCUUCAUUAUGUCUCGCAUUUAUGUACAGUACUUUGUACCGCUAACAAAAUAGAAAAUCAAUGUUGUUUAGAUUGAAUAGAUACUUGGGAUCAUUUAAACAAACUAGCAAACAAAGAUAUAAAUACUGUAUCUUACCUAUGAUAUUUCAGGCAGCCACAUUCCUAGACUGGAAAAUGAUUCUCUGUAAGGUCAUAAAUUGCUGGAUAUCUGCGUGUCAUGUAAUAUUUGAUAUAUUUUAUUUUACUUUGUGAUUUUGUUUGUUUUCCUUUUAAGUUUGUAAACUAAAAUCAUAGAAGUGAUUCUAAUUUCUAGUAAGACAAACUUUUAAACAUUUCCUCAACAGGUUUGUUUUUUAAUUUUCAAAGCUACUGGGGUGGAUUAAUAUAGCCUUUAAAAAAAAUGUUUUAAAAUUCUCUGACAAAGCUAGGGCCUGGGAUUAAGUAAAAUACAAAUGAUCAAAGCAAAACUGGGCUAUAAGCCAUAUAGUAUUUACCAAGACUGCUCAAAAUGUAAUGGAUAUCUAUUUUCUUUUCCAUUUUUUAUUCUUUUUUGCGUGUGUGUGGCUUGAACAUCUUUUUUUCCCAUACUGAGGAAACCAGUGAUAUGAGUCUCAGUACAUCUUCUAUGCAGCUUAUUCCCUUGCUAUAAAAAUAAGACUGGAAGAUAAAUAUUAUUGUUCCAUGUAUGUGAAAAUACUGUCUGCCUAAAUUGUAAAAGUAAAAAGAGGUGUGAGCGAA